AGGGUGAAGAUCCUAACAGCUCACAGGGUGAAGAUCCUAACAUGACUCCAUCCACCUAACAAUGACCGGAAUAUAUAACAUAUUAGUCACAUGAUUCACAACGCAUUCAACAGACCAAUCAGGGGCUCUAAAAGCUUUCCCUUCCUGGUCACUUCUUCACUUCACUUCACUGAACAACUUUCUUUCAGCUCUCCCACUUUCCAGGAAAAUUUAGCUAAUCCGUCAGGACCAUCCGAUCAGCAUCAUAUAAGGUGGAAGAUGGGUUUGAUGGGUUGUCGUGGAACACCAAUAUGGGACGUUGACUUGGAAGUGUUGGUGGUAGUGAUGCUAAUUGGGGUGGUGUUUUUGAAUUUGGUAGAAGAGAGCAAGCAGCUGAGCACAAGUCACCCAAUGCGUGGAGUUGUUGAUAAAGUGAAUGAAGAUGGAGGGCCGUAUAUUGGACUUGUCAUGGCUUAUCCUACUGAAGAACUGGCUCUUCAACUUUCUGGUUUCUUUCUUCCAAAUCCUGACAUCCCUUGGAUUCAAUUGGCAGGAAGAAGAUUCAAUAUUGGGAAGAUUAAUGGUGUGAAAGUGAUUUAUGUGAUGACUGGGGAGCAAACUACAAAUGCAGCCUUGACUGUGCAAGCCCUUCUUGAUGCCUUUAACAUUCAAGGGAUUGUUCAUUAUGGCACAGCCGGGAGUACUAAUGACUCGUUGUCCUUGGGUGAUGUUAGUGUGAUGAACUAUGUUGCAUUCACCAGUUCUUGGAAGUGGAAGGAAUUCAAGUCAGAGAAAGGGCAGUUGCCAACACUGACAUUUGGAGCAUUCAAUUUUCCUGAGAAGGGAGAGAAUUUGUUGGCAAAGAUAGAGUUCAGACCAGUGCAACUCUACUCCACUGGAAAACAAAUGGAAGAACUAUUUUGGCUUCCAAUAGAUUCAAAUUGGUUCAACAUUGCUGCUCAGCUUCAGAAUUUAACAUUGCAACAAUGUGUAAAUGACACCUGUUGCUUACCUGAAAAACCCAAAGUUGUCCAUGGACUGAAGGGCUCCACUGCAGAUAUUUUUCUUGACAAUGCAGCGUACAGAGAAUAUCUAUUCAAACAAUUUAAUGUCUCAACCGUUGAUGAAGAGAGCGCCGCCGUUGUAUUUACAUGUUUGACAAAUGCAGUACCCUGCAUUGUGUUCCGAGGAGUUUCGGAUUUGGCUAGUGGGAAUGGAAGCCCUUUGUCAGCCAGCCUUAGUUCAUUAGCUUCUGUGAAUGCAUUGACUGUAGCUGUUCAAUUUAUUCAUUUAGUUAAUGGAGAAAGUUCAGUUGUUGAUCAAUGAAGCUUUUUU